CUCCUCAUCUCUUCUCUCUGCUCCUCUCCACUCAUUCAGACCGCAUGCUCCCAGUCAUCUCUGGCACUGUUGGGUCUGUGUGGCCAGUGGAAGUGGACCCGGACACCCUGAAGGUGUUUUCCCGAUCUGGUGGAUCUGUGGGGAGGGGAGGGAGGGCAGGGAGGGGGUGCAGGUGAAGAGCUCUGUGUCGGGGGAAACAGGUUGCGUGGCUUUGCGGCAGGGGCUGAGGAGGGUCAUGCUUCAUGAGUUAAGUGGAUUUCGGACAGAGACCCCUCGCGCAUCGCCGCCCCAAUGUGGGGCCCUUUUCCGGAUGGCGGGAACGUCCGGCCAGGAGCGAUGAACCAGCUGGAUGCUCCUCGGCCACUCAACUGGACCAUACGGAAACUGUGCCAUGCAGCCUUCCUUCCGUCUGUGCGCCUGCUUAAGGCACAGAAAUCAUGGAUAGAAAGAGCUUUCAGCAAGAGAGAAUGUGUGCACAUUAUUGUAAGCACCAAAGACCCCCAUAGGUGCUGUUGUGGCCGUCUAAUUGGUCAACAUAUUGGCCUGCCCCCCAGCAUCUCAUCCAAUCAGAAUGAGAAGUCAGAGCGGGUGCCAAAGAAUGACAGCUUGUCAGAGAAGUGGUCCAUCAGCAAGCACACCCAGCUCAGUCCCACUGACGCCUUUGGAACCAUUGAGUUCCAGGGAGGUGGACACUCCAACAAAGCAAUGUAUGUACGAGUGUCUUACGACACUAAGCCAGACUUACUGCUGCAUCUGAUGACAAAGGAGUGGCAACUGGAGCUUCCCAAACUGCUCAUCUCUGUUCAUGGAGGACUUCAGAACUUCGAGCUGCAGCCCAAACUCAAGCAAGUCUUCGGCAAGGGUCUCAUCAAGGCGGCCAUGACCACUGGGGCCUGGAUCUUCACUGGAGGAGUUAAUACUGGAGUCAUAAGGCAUGUUGGUGAUGCUCUAAAAGACCACGCUUCCAAAUCGAGAGGGAAGAUCUGUACUAUCGGUAUUGCCCCCUGGGGGAUUGUGGAGAACCAGGAAGACCUGGUGGGCAAAGAUGUGGUCCGGCCGUACCAGACGAUGUCUAACCCUCUUAGUAAGCUAACGGUACUCAACAGCCUACACUCCCACUUCAUUUUGGCUGAUAAUGGCACCACCGGAAAGUACGGAGCAGAAGUCAAACUGCGCAGACAGCUAGAGAAGCACAUCUCUCUGCAAAAGAUCAACACACGGAUCGGACAGGGUGUUCCAGUGGUGGCUCUGAUAGUGGAGGGGGGUCCUAAUGUGAUCUCUAUCGUGCUUGAGUACCUGAGAGACACUCCUCCUGUGCCCGUGGUGGUGUGUGACGGCAGCGGUCGUGCCUCUGACAUCCUGGCCUUUGGGCAUAAGUACUCAGAGGAGGGCGGAAUCAUAAACGAAUCUUUGAGAGACCAGUUACUAGUCACCAUUCAGAAGACGUUUACAUACAGCCGGACGCAGGCCCAGCAUCUCUUCAUCAUUCUGAUGGAGUGCAUGAAGAAGAAAGAACUGAUAACAGUGUUUCGGAUGGGAUCAGAGGGACACCAGGACAUUGAUCUGGCCAUUCUAACAGCACUUCUGAAAGGGGCCAAUGCAUCAGCUCCAGAUCAACUGAGCCUGGCUUUGGCCUGGAACAGAGUUGACAUCGCUCGAAGCCAGAUCUUCAUUUAUGGACAGCAGUGGCCUGUGGGCUCUCUAGAGCAGUCUAUGCUGGACGCACUGGUGCUGGACAGAGUGGACUUUGUGAAGCUGUUGAUUGAGAAUGGAGUGAGCAUACACCGCUUCCUGACGCUGUCCAGACUUGAAGAGCUCUAUAAUACGAGGCAUGGUCCAUCCAACACCUUAUACCACCUUGUCAGAGAUGUGAAAAAGCAAGAAUAUCCAGGGUUCAGUUGGAUCUACCUCAAGGGUAACCUGCCCCCUGACUACCGCAUCAGUCUGAUUGACAUCGGAUUGGUAAUUGAAUACCUCAUGGGCGGAGCCUAUCGCUGCAAUUACACCAGGAAGAGAUUUCGGACCCUCUAUCACAACCUUUUUGGACCCAAAAGACCAAAAGCCCUGAAGCUGCUUGGAAUGGAGGAUGACAUGCCCAUUAGGCGAGGACGUCAGAAGACCACAAGGAAGCGAGAGGAGGAAGUAGACAUUGACCUGGAUGACCCAGAAAUCAAUCACUUCCCUUUCCCUUUCCAUGAGCUGAUGGUUUGGGCAGUGCUGAUGAAGCGGCAGAAGAUGGCACUGUUUUUCUGGCAGCAUGGCGAGGAGGCCAUGGCUAAAGCGCUGGUGGCCUGUAAGCUUUGUAAAGCAAUGGCCCACGAAGCAUCAGAGAACGACAUGGUAGAUGACAUUUCACAGGAGCUCAAUCAAAACUCAAGGGAGUUUGGUCAGCUGGCUGUUGAGCUGCUCGAUCAGUCGUAUAAGCAGGAUGAACAGAUGGCCAUGAAGCUGUUAACCUACGAGCUGAAGAACUGGAGUAAUGCCACCUGUCUGCAGCUGGCAGUGGCCGCCAAGCACAGGGACUUCAUCGCCCACACCUGUAGCCAGAUGCUUCUCACCGACAUGUGGAUGGGACGUCUGCGUAUGCGCAAGAACUCUGGCCUAAAGGUUAUCUUAGGCCUUCUUCUGCCCCCCUCCAUAUUGAGUCUUGAGUUUAAAAAUAAGGACGAGAUGUCGUAUAUGCCUCAGGAUCAGGACACCUACCUGCAGGAGAAGGAUGUGGAUGAACCUGAGAAACAAGCUAAGGAGAAAGAGGAGGAGGACAUGGAGUUCACAGUAAGAUCUUACUGUGAGACGCAGUACAACUCCGUGGCUAUGCUGGGAAACGUCAGUUCAGAAGCGUCACGUAAGAAACAGGUGGAAGAGGUUCAGAACCGUCAUCGGCUGAUUCCUGUGGGUCGCAAAAUUUACGAGUUUUACAACGCCCCUAUCGUCAAGUUCUGGUUUCACACGUUGGCUUAUGUAGGAUACUUGAUGCUCUUCAACUAUAUUGUUCUGGUGAAGAUGGACCUGUGGCCCUCUCCUCAGGAGUGGAUUGUUAUUGCCUACAUUUUCACCAAUGGUAUCGAGAAGAUGAGAGAGAUCCUCAUGUCAGAGCCGGGAAAGCUCCUGCAGAAGGUGAAAGUGUGGCUGCAGGAGUACUGGAACAUCACUGACCUCAUGGCCAUCCUCAUCUUCUCCAUCGGGAUGGUGCUUCGCCUGCAAGACCCUCCACUGAUGAGCUACGGGAGGGUCAUUUACUGUGUCAAUAUCAUCUAUUGGUACAUAAGACUGCUUGACAUCUUUGGAGUGAACAAAUACCUGGGUCCAUACGUCAUGAUGAUUGGCAAGAUGAUGAUUGACAUGAUGUAUUUUGUGAUCAUCAUGUUGGUGGUGCUGAUGAGUUUCGGAGUGGCGCGGCAGGCUAUCCUCAAUCCCAAUGAGGACCCGUCCUGGAUGCUGGCACGCAACAUCUUCUUCAUGCCAUACUGGAUGAUCUACGGAGAGGUGUUUGCUGACCAAAUCGACCCUCCAUGUGGCCAGAACAUCACCACAGAGGAAGGAGUCAUCGUGCCUCUCCCACCCUGCAAAACCGGUGCUUGGAUUGUUCCCGCCAUCAUGGCCUGCUACUUGCUGGUGGCCAACAUCCUUCUGGUUAAUUUGCUCAUUGCUGUCUUUAAUAACACAUUCUUUGAAGUGAAGUCCAUCUCCAACCAGGUGUGGAAGUUCCAGAGGUACCAGCUGAUUAUGACCUUCCAUGAACGGCCUGUCCUUCCCCCUCCUCUCAUCAUUUUCAGCCACAUAACUAUGGUCCUCAAACACCUUUGCUGUCGCUGGAGGAAACAUGAUGAGGAUGAGCGGGACUAUGGGCUGAAGCUCUUCAUUACGGAAGAUGAACUGAAGAAGGUACAUGACUUUGAAGAGCAGUGCAUGGAGGAGUAUUUCAGAGAGAAAGAUGACCGCUUCAAUUCCUCCAAUGAUGAGAGGAUACGUGUGACAUCUGAAAGGGUGGAGAACAUGGCGAUGCGUCUGGAAGAAGUGAACGAGAGGGAACAUUUCAUGAAAGCGUCCCUGCAGACUGUGGAUAUCCGGCUCGCCCAGAUGGAGGAGAUGAUCGGCCGCAUUGCUGUGGCACUGGAACGAGUUGCUGGUAUGGAUCGAGGCGAAGUCAACAAAGCCCGGUCCAGGACAUCAUCUGACUGCACAGAUACAAAUUACAUUCUGCGCCAGAGCAGUUUCAACAGCCAAGAAGGCAAUUCCUACAGGCUACAAGAGUCUCUGGAGCAGGGUGGUGAGGAAUCCAUUUACCCUACAUCUCCGACCGCUCUGGCCCCACGUGUCCGCAGUCACUCCUUCUAUGCAAGCCACUCCUCCAAAGAUAGGAGCGGAGCAGAUCGAGGAGAAGGCUUCUUUAAAGACAGACUGUUCAGCCUCCAUCGGGCCAACAGCUCACAGUCUGUGUCCUCAGGAGCAGGUCCCAAAGAGUCCAAGCCCACACCUUUGAAUACUUUAUCUGUGCAGCAGCAGCUUCGCCCUUCUUCCUGCAUAGACAUCUAUGUUUCUGCCUCAGAGGACGUCCCGCCCAAUGAGAGCUUCUUGGAGCCGGUCCGGACAGUUCCAUCUCUCGCUCGAGACUCAUCUCUCCAUUCUGAGAUCAUGGAGGUGGUGCUCUCAGGGGGGCGGGACUGCAGCAGAAGGGCAGGGGGCAGCGAAAGACAGUCGGAUGGUACAGUCCUGUUUGAGGAUAGUGCCGCCGCUGACCUAUCGCUCUGCUCUGCCCACCUGCUGCCGGAUACCUUGCCCCCCUGGGACAUGGACCCCUCGCCGCCACCAUCGGCUGGCGUUCUCGAGCGGUCCAAGAGCAGCCACUUCCUGUCUGCAGCAGGGCCUCUGUUUCUGGACGAGCCGCCAUUGGUUAAGUCGCACAGCCUGAUGUUUACGUCACGUGGCUACUAUGGCGGCAUGGGCGUGCAGGUGAAGGCGGCCGAAUAUACCAGCAUAACAGAUUGCAUCGACACCCGUUGCGUCUCUACCCCUUACCCUGUCCCAGAGAGGUCUGACUCCCCUGGUGGCUCUUUCACGUUCGAUAAGCCCCAGGACCUGGGCGUCUCACACCCCGAGAGAGACGCCGAGCUCAGUCACGCAGAAUCUGAUCCGGAGGAACCCGCAGAGGGGUCAGCAGACACAGGUAAGGGGGGUCAAAGCAGCAGUGGGGGAACAGGCGCAGACCUGGGCUUGGGCCUUGCGCUGGGCCCGUUUUGUUCGCCGAUUUCUAGACUAGAGCGAGCAAACAGCUGCUCCUCUUCGGAGGAGUCCCACUCCAACAUCUACUCCCGAAAGAGCUUCUCCAUUAGUGAGAGAAUGGACAAGGGUCGUGGAAGCUCAAGGAAUCCUUUCCAGAAGGCCAGAGCCGGGGCAAGGCUGGAGGGUAAGACAGACUCGCUGUCCAUGAGGAAACUGGCCAAACCCUCGGCGUUCCAAAGUUUUGACGGCAGACACAAUUACACGUGAUAAUGGCAUACCAGUAGUGAUGCCACUGUAGAUCUAGUUCCUGUAGGAUGGCUCUACCUCGUUUAAAAUCCAAGGGCCAGUCCGUUAAUUAGUACUGUCUGAGUGAGUAAUUAGCUGUACACUGGAAUGUUUUAUCAUGGGUAUCAACUUUUCUGUUAUAACACUGCAAUGCAAAGUGUUCUUUAGAAUUCAUAGACUCAGAAGAUGACCACUGCCCUUAGGCCAACAUUAGUUCCCAGCUGGGGUGAAAACCUUGAGAUUAAGGGCCUGUUAACACUAAGAUGAAUGUUCAGUAUGAAAAAAAAUGUCAUUUGAGUGAACGGCUGUUAAUGCAGAAUUUUAUUUUUUGAGAGGUUUCCAAUAUCUUUUUCACUGCACAGCAAAAAAAACAACAAAAAAAAAACUGGCCAACCAAUAAGCUUUUUGGUCACAUGCCCACAGCCACCGCUGUUACAUAAACUACAACUUAAGGGGUGGUCACAAUACACUUUUCAUUC